UCUUUCUUUGAUUUUUAUUUUUUUUUGAACAAUCUCUCUCUCGUUUUUUUUUUUCCCAGAAAUCUCUCACAAAUAAUAAUAAUAUUUAUUUUCAAAAAAAAAAAUAAUAUUUAUUUUUAACAAAAAUAAAAAAAUAAAAAUUAUUGAAAAAUUGAACCAAACCAAACACGGUUUAAAGGUAUUUUAAUUUUUGUAUCACAAAGAAAGAGGGUAUUUUGUUGAGGUUUUUGCUCGUUUCUGAAACUGAAAAACCAAGAAGAAGAACCUCUCUAACUCUAUAUUCUCUCUUUCACUCUGAAAUCUCACACUCUUUUCUCUUCUUCUACCUCUGACCUCUCUACUCUCCCCCCAAUGAAGCACACCAGACUACUGUCACCACCCACCACUCCCUUCAUAAAGCCCCUACCUUUUAGAUGACGAAAAUACCCUCUUCCUCCUCCACCGCGGUCGCCGCCGUAACUCUCGUUGUCGUUGUUAUCUUCAUCUCUUUCAUUAUCCCCUCAACCUAUGCCCUCGGCUCCGGCGACACUCUCGCCGUCACCUACUCCGGAAUAGUCUGUGGGAUAGUCGCCAAUGAACAAUGGCAGAGAAUCAUCUGCUACAGAAAAGGACAACAACCACUCGACGUAUUUCCCAACGUGUCCUUCUCCUCCAUUUCCGGUGGCCGGAACUCCAUUUGCGGCAUCAGGGCUGGUGGUUACACCAUGCUUUGCUGGGACAAUCUCUUGAUGGAGAACACCACCUUACCCGUGAGGACGCAGAGGGUUUACUUCAACAACACUGUGCGACUGGAAAGUAUCGCCGUUGGCGAUCCCCAUAUUUGCGCGACGGUGGUAGGUACCGGAGCUCUGAAAUGUUGGAGGAACGACAGUAGCUUUAAAUUUCCGCCAUCUGGGUCUGAUCGAUUCUCUUCAAUAUCAUCUGGGUUGGGUUUUUCUUGUGGUAUUUUGAGAGAUAAUAACAGGGUUCGGUGUUGGGGAUCUGUUUCAACCGUUAAUGAUAUACAGAGUGGGUUUGGGAAUAUGACUAUGGCGAGUAUUAGUGCCGGUGAAUCACAUGUUUGUGGGUUGAAUAGUACUGGUUUUUUGGUCUGCUCAGGUAACAACUCUUCGGGUCAAUUAAAUGCUCCUAUUGGCUCACCGUUCGAGUUUUAUCGAUUGUCUCUAGGAGCUAACCAUAGUUGCGGAAUCAGAAGAAAUGGCUCGGUGGUUUGUUGGGGUGGUGGAGGGCUAUUUUCUGUGGAAGCAAUACAAGGGGUAUCGUUCGAAACUAUUGUUUCAGGUUUGAAUUUCACUUGUGGAUUAACAACGACAAACUUUUCUAUCUUAUGUUGGGGACCAGGAUGGUCCAAUAAUGGUUUUGUUACGGAUCCAAAUUCAGAGCUUCCCUUACCAGAAAUUCUUCCAGGACCUUGUGUUCAAACCAUUUCUGGAAACUGCACUAUAUAUCCUUUAUCUCAAAAGCUCUGUUCCGGUAAUGGAAAUAUUUGUAAGACAUAUUUUUCUCAAAUCCCAUCAACCCCACCACCGCCACAGCAACAGUCAUUGCCGCCGGUUUUGCAGCCGCAGUCUUCAUCUCCCUCCAGGGGUUUGAGGAAGGGUUUAUUAGCAUUCGCUAUAGUGGGAUCAGUUGGAGCUUUUGCCGGGGUUUGCACAGUUAUUUACUGCUUAUGGACAGGUGUCUGUUUCGGGAAGAAGAAAAUCCAUAACUCUGUCCAGCCCACGAUCACCAGAGCUGCCAGCUCCAAUGGCGGAGGCCCUACCACAUCUAACACUAGCCCACCGUCUAGGUCUUCAACCAUUAGGCGCCAAGGCUCCAGAAUCAUGAGACGCCAGAGGAGCGGAACUUCAUCGAAACACGCAGACCGGGCUGAGGAAUUCACCCUCGCCGAGCUUGCAGCCGCCACUAACGACUUCUGUUUAGAGAACAAGAUUGGCGCAGGAAGCUUCGGGGUCGUCUACAAAGGCAAGCUCUCCGAUGGCAGAGAGGUCGCUAUUAAGAGAGGAGAAACAGGUCAGAAGAUGAAGAAGUAUCAGGAGAAAGAGAUGGCUUUCGAUUCGGAAUUGGCUUUCUUGUCUCGGCUUCACCAUAAACAUUUGGUUAAGCUUGUCGGGUAUUGCGAAGAGAAAGAAGAGAGGCUUCUGGUUUAUGAGUACAUGAAAAAUGGUGCUCUCUACGACCAUUUACAUAACAAGAACAAUGUCGAGAAAAGCAGUAGUUUCCUCAACUCGUGGAAAACUAGGAUCAACAUAGCUCUCGACGCGGCUCGUGGCAUUGAGUAUCUACACAACUAUGCAGUUCCGCCUAUAAUUCACAGGGACAUUAAGUCCUCAAACAUACUGAUCGAUUCUAAUUGGACUGCUAAAGUUUCCGAUUUUGGAUUGUCAUUAUUGGGACCUGAAUCGGGUCGGGAUUUUAGGCCGACGAAGGCUGCUGGAACAGUGGGGUACAUUGAUCCAGAAUACUAUGGUCUAAACGUAUUGACGGCAAAGAGUGAUGUUUAUGGACUUGGGGUGGUUCUUUUGGAGAUAUUGACAGGAAAGAGAGCCAUAUUCAGGAAUGCAGAAGAUGGUGGCACGCCAAUUAGCGUGGUGGACUUCGCGGUGCCAGUGAUUAAGGCCGGUGAAUUGGCGAAAAUUUUGGACCAAAGGGUGGGACGGCCGGAGCUAAACGAAGGAGAGGCGGUUGAGUUAGUGGCCUAUACUGCAAUGCAUUGUGUGAAUUUGGAAGGAAAAGAGAGGCCAACCAUGACUGACAUUGUAACUAAUUUGGAAAGAGCUUUAACUCUCUGUGAUGACAGCCAUGGCAGCAUCUCUAGUGGUAUGUUAUUCUCUAUUCAUUCAGAAUAGGAAUGAACAACCAUUAAAGAUUUGAAAAAGAAAGAAAGAUUGAUUUUUUAAGUUAACGUUUUUCGUUUGAAGAUAAUUCUUGUGAGUAACACCAUUUUUCUUUUCUCAUUUUUCACCAUUGUAAAGUUUAGGACUUUAACCUUCUUUUGAGGUCUUAGUUUAGAAUUUCGUGAAACACUAACAACUAGAAUGAUUUUAAAUGAUUGAUUUUCUUGUUUAGGGGGCUUAUCUUUUUCACCUUUCACCCCCUCACAUUAUUUUGAAAGCCAUCUUGAAAUUCAUAAACAUUCUUUCUGUCUUCUACUUUA